CAUCUCUCUCUCUCUCUCCAUUAAAAAAAAAAAAGAGAAAGAAAGAACCAUGGAACCUUCGGAAAAUACAAUUCUCCAAAGACCUAAACUCGAAAAACCAAAUCACUAUCACCAAGAAGACGAAGAACAAGAAACUUCCCGACACCAAACUCAAGUAGUUGAAGAAGAAGAAGAAGAAGAAGCGCUAUCUCUUCGAGACCUUCCCCUCAAAGCCGACCAAACCUCCGCCACAUCAGCUUCCGACAACCAAGAUCCUCCGGAAGAGUUCUUCGAGUUCCUCAGCUCCGCCACCUGCGACGUAUCUCCGGCAGAAAACAUCAUCUUCCGCGGCAAACUCAUUCCCUUGAAUGACCAAAAUACCCUCUGUCCCGACAACGUCCGUACAAACACCAGCCCUCGUGUCCGAAUACGGUCCGAGUCAUUACCCGCGUUACAAGGCCAUAGGAUGAACCGGUCGACCAGCUCGCCAAGAGUCACCAGAAACAGCCGUUCCUUGGAUUACCGCAAGCUUACUUGCGUCUCAAGCAUCGGGAAAUUCUCUCCUCCGGAGCAAGAUCGCAAAUUUCCGGUUAAGGGUUCUUCGCCGGAGAUUCCUAAAUCUUCGGAGGCUCCGUUGAAGAUCUCUGAAACGGCUCCGUUUAGCGGGAAAAGCGUUAGGCCAAGAUGGUAUAUGAUCAUGUUUGGAAUGGUUAAGUUCCCACCGGAGAUUGAGCUAAGGGACAUAAAGAUUCGUCAGACUCGCCGUAAUAUUACUCCGGUGAUUUUUCCGUCACCCUGCGACCGGAGAUCCGGCAAGUUUCCGUCUUCUUCGUCACCGUCGUCGUCUUGGAGGUUUCUCAAGGCUUUGAGCUGCAAGGAACCCACGAGCGUGGCCGCGACGGCGCCGUUUUGGGUGCCACAUACGUCACAUGAAUUUACUUAAUUACCCUUCAGGGCCCGAUGGGCUUGUCUUUUAUUUAACCAGAGAGAGAAGGAUAGGAUUGUC